CGGGGAGGGGGAGGCGGGCGCAAAGGCGCGGGAGAAGGCGCGGGGGGCGCGGAUGGUGAAGCCGUGUUCGUGCGGGGGCACGAUGGGGCGUGUGCACCUGCGGUGCCUGCAGCAGUGGAUCGAGCGGCGGCGGAUGGACGGCUGCGAUCACGACGCGCUGACGUGCGAAGUGUGCCGCGCGCCGUACCACCUCAGGAUCCACGAGAGACUGGACCUGACAUGGGAGCGCCUGUGCUCGUACGCAUCCAUCUCCUUCUACGCCGAGUUCUGCACCAUCUGCGCCACACUCGCCUCCAUGGUCUUCCUCUUCUUCCUCAUCGUCGUGGGCGACACUGACGCGGAGGGUAGAGAGCUGAGUCUAUUUGCGGCAGUGGUGGUAGCUGCAUCUGUCAUCACCCUCGGCAUCCUCACUCUCUUCAAGGUCACUUCCCGCUGGCGUCAAGCCAUAUCAGUGCCGCUCCUCUCUCCCCGCAGCCCGCUCUCCCCUCCCAUGCCCUCCUCGCCUCGCAUCUCCUCGUAAUCAUGCGUCCUUUGGGCCGACUCACAGGUCACCUCACGGUUGCGCCAAGCCAUCUCACUGCUGCUCCCAAAGGGGCUACCUCCCCGAGGGCCUAUCUCCCCUCCCUCCCCUCCCCUCGCCUUGUCCUCGCUCAUCCACGUUAGUCCCUGCUGCCCAUUGCCCCAUGCCCUGUGCUUGUGUCCAAUAGAACACCAGAUAGGUGCCAUUGUGUCAAUACGUGGCAGCAACUAGAGGAUGACACCUGCUGCCCAUUGCCCCUUGCCCUGUGCUUGUGUGAGGCACAACAGAAUAUGCCACUGUAGCUAGAGUUGUGCACAUUUUAGAAUGUCCUUGACAGUUGUACAAUUGUACAGAUGUAAUGACCCAGUUUAGCUCUAUUGUACACAUUUCAGAACCCUC